AUGCUUUUGCUGGUACUUUUGUUUGGCCCCAGUAGUGACAAUCUCAGACCGGACGCUGGCUUCACCCUGGCGGGCGGCAUUCCGGUCAAGGGGGAGGAGGACUUUCUGACGCUGGCCGCUUCGCGCCUGGGCCGCAGGAAGCGUGUGAUUGGCGCGGCCGUUGGCGUCGCCAUGGUUCUGGUUCUGCUGGUGGCCAUUCCCCUGCUGGUCCACACCACCAAGGGUGGAAGCGAAGGGAGCCAUUACGAAAUGCUGGGAAGCUGCAGGAUGGUGUGCGAUCCCUACACCACCUCUCAGCCAGGCCAGGAAUUGACGGCCGUGUCUCCGCCGCCCCAGGAUUACUCUGGGAAGAAAAUCCGCUCCGGCACCCGGGGCCCACCAGGGAUCCCUGGGCCCCAGGGAGCACGCGGGCCCCCCGGGGAGCCCGGCAAGCCUGGGCCCCAAGGUCCCCCGGGCCCCGGUCCCGGCGGCUAUUCUCCCUCCCUCUACACUCCCAAAAUCGCCUUUUACGCAGGGCUCCGCAAGCAGCACGAGGGGAGCGAAGUGCUCAAGUUUGACGACGUGGUGACCAACGUGGGCAACUACUACGAGCCCAGCACUGGCAAGUUCACCUGCCCGCUGCCUGGCAUAUACUUCUUCACCUACCAUGUGCUCAUGAGAGGGGGCGACGGCACCAGCAUGUGGGCCGACCUGAAGAAGAACGGCCUGGUAAAAGCCAGCGCCAUCGCUCAGGACGCCGAUCAGAAUUACGACUACGCGUCCAACAGCGUCAUCUUGCAUCUGGACGUGGGCGACGAGGUGUGCGUGCAGCUGGACGGCGGAAAGGUCCACGGGGGCAACACAAACAAGUACAGCACCUUCUCCGGAUUCCUCAUCUACCCAGACUGA